CAGGUAUAUUCCGAGCAUUGCCCGUAUCCACUCACCUCCCCCACCUCACCCACCCGUCACCCAUGCUGUCUCACGCCAGGAUCAUGUUCCGUAAGCUCCGUGGUAGUGGCAGCCGUAGCAGCCGUGGCAGCGACCCCGCGCCAUCCGCGCUGGCCACGACAGCAGAGAGCGAAACUAUUAACUCAUCCCCUCGCGCCAUCCAUAUCAGCGACGUGAGGCGGUCACCUACUAGGCUACUCCGUAAGCCCGGUUCCGAUUCACAGUCUAUGUCCAUUAUCGUCGCGAACGCCAAAGGCGCCGCCGACUCCUCGCAUCUUUACAGGCUACUCCAGAGAGAGAAGGAUUACGGCGAGUUCGACCCUACGGACGAAUUCGACAUAGAUUACUUUUGCGAAGGUUACGUCUACAAUGUCUGCUUCAUCCCGCCUAGCGCCCCGGGGCCUGGCCUAGCUUACCUCUGCCUCAUGCAGCAUGUCUGCCUCGUCUUCACGUACGACGCUUCAUCGAGGGAAUCAUGGGACGAAAUGGUCGCCGCCUACGAGAGAAUACGCAGCCGCUACGAAGACAGAGUCCUCCCCUUUCUUACGACAAUAAUCGCCGCCAUGGGUGAAGGUGAAGUCCCCGUGUCGCACGUGGAAGCCGAGGCGUUUGCAACCCAGCGGGACUGUCUCUUUUUCAAGUUCUCACCCACAACAGGGCGCGGCAUUUGCGAUGCGGUCGGCUCGCUAAUUGAGCUAGCGCACGGCGCUCGUGAUCAAUAUGCUAUGGAUCAGGAGGGUUAUACCCAGAGAUACAAGAGGGCAGAGGCAGUUCAGGCAUUAUUUCCCAGCUAG